AUGAGAGUAUAUCUCUACGCCAAAGCACUUGCUAAGCAUUCGGAGUCGGUCUAUGCAAGAGACCCCGCAAAGCUUGAUAUCUUGUUCACUGCAUGCUUGUUCCACGAUAUCGGAACAACAGACCAGUAUGACGGACCCCAGCGUUUUGAAGUCGAGGGCGGCGAUGCAGCAGUGAGGCACCUGGACCAGUAUGACAUCAGUGCAGCAGACAAGCACGACGUCUGGACAGCCAUCGCGUGCCACACCAGUCCUCAGAUCGCUGAGAAAAUCGGAGAACUUCCAAGACUCGUCAGGCUGGCAGUCAUUACAGACUUUGGACGCCAAAGCCCCGCCUGGGGCGUACUGCUGCCCUUGAGAGAAGGGAUGGAGAAGGCAUUGGGCCGGGCCGAGAUUGAGAAAGUCCUUGGCGACGCAGUGGUGGAGCAGGCGAAGAGACGGCCAGAGAAGGCGCCCAUGGUCUCGUGGCCGGGCGUCAUGUAUAAAGCGCAUCUUGCGGAGCCCGAGUGGAGUGGAGUGAACAAGAUGUUCUGA